UAAAUGGAGUGGCGGAGGAGUACAAGUAGGGAGCAGCAUCGACAAUUGGGGAGGGACUAGAAACGACAGAAGCACUCCAAAACUUCUACGCUUUUGUCCUCCUCGUCCUUCGGCGACGGCGUUUACACUCCUCUAAAAGGAAGCUGAUCCUCUUCAAACAUGAGUCUCGAAGGGGGAAUGAAGUGUGUCAAGUACAUGCUCUUCUUUUUUAACUUCAUUUUCUGGCUAUGUGGCCUUGCGUUGAUCGUAGUGGGGGUCCUGGUCCAAAUGUCCCUGCACAGCACCCUUAUGAUCAGUGAUGCGUCUGCUUCAGGAGCUCCCAUCGUCAUCAUCGCAGUCGGCGUGGUCAUCUUCUUUAUUGCUUUCUUUGGCUGCUGCGGCGCCUGGAAGGAGAGCUACUGCAUGGUUACCAUGUUUGCCAUCUUUCUCUCACUGGUCAUCAUCGUUCAGAUUGCUGCAGCCAUCGCUGGUUACAUCUUCAGAAACAAAGUCUCAGAUGUCGUCCAGGAUAGUUUGGCGGACAUGAUUUCCAGGUACAGCAACAGCUCAGCUGAAUUCAAAGCGAGCGUGGAUGCAAUGCAGGAGGAUUUGAAAUGCUGUGGCAUGAACAACUCCUCCGACUGGAGAAGCUUCCGAGUCGAUGAGAACUCCGUGCCUGACUCAUGCUGCUUGAAUGUCUCUACCAAUUGUGGAGUUGGGGCUAUGACUAAUUCUACCAAAGUGUACCAAGAGGGUUGUCGCAAUGCAGUCGAGGAUUUACUGAGGAAAAAUAUCCAGUGGGUGAUAAUUGCGGCUCUCGUUCUUGCUUUUGUGGAGAUCAUGGGUGUUGUGUUUGCCUGUGUGCUGAUGAGAGGCAUCCGUAGCGGCUACGAGGUCAUGUGAUUCAGUCCACACCUGAGUUAAACAUGGCGCCUAAAUUCUUUUCUUUGUUUUAUCAGAUGUAGUGCACAGAAUAACAUCUCCUUUUUUGGAUGCUUUAAUAAGUCAGGAGUGUUUAUGGUUUAAAUGCGUGUUUAGGCAUGAAAUCUACAUUUCUUAGGCAGCACUGUCUACUUUUGUCAAUGUUUUCUUGAUGGUUGAGGAAUAUAAUCUUUGAAUUUGCUUGUUCAGUUAGUAGUUUUUAAGGUUUGUCGGUUCCCAAUCUGUUUUUAUUAAAUAACCUUUAAAUUA